UCCGGGGACAUAACCGCGUUUAAUUUUAAAUUAUUUUUUCAUACUUCUACCGAAGCUUCUCCGCAGCUUCGGGUUAUGGUGGGGUCAAUCUCUUUUGCUUCAUAUUCCUAUUUAAACAGAGACAAGGGCUGGCUUGUUCGUUACACUUCUUUUAAUUCUCAUAAUUUUGUCUGGGUUUGAGGACGCCAAGGUACGGUUUCAUUUUCGAGUUUGAGCUCAUGCAAUAUGGUUCCAAAGAGGCCUUUCAAUGGAGAUGCUGACAACCGUUUGGGGGUUCUUUUUCAAGGGUCGAAAAGAAGACAUACAUUCAACAAUGUUGAUUUGGAGGUGAUGAAAGGGCUUUCAUUGGAUGAAAUAGUGGCUAGACUUGAGCCCCUUUUUAGAGCAGUGGUGCGAGAGGAGGUGGAAAGAGUAGUUCUGCCCCUUAUUCAACAAUCUGAGAGACCGCAGAUGAAUCAGACUGGGGCAUCUACGGGAAGAGGUUUGAGGUUACGUUUUGUAAAUAAAUUGCCUCACACCAUCUAUACGGAGAGUAGAUUAGAAGCUGAAGAUCGCUCCCCGGUCCAAAUUGAACUAGUUGAUGCUAGUACCAACCGUAGAGUCGUGUCUGGUCCCUUGUCUUCCAUUAGGAUUGAAAUUCUAGUCCUUGAUGGUGAUUUUGGAAAAGAUGGCCAAGAAAUAUGGUCAGAGCAGGAAUUCAAUUCAAAAGUUCUUCGUCAAAGAGAAGGUAAAAAGCCAUUGCUUACUGGGGAUCUCAAUGUAACGCUGAAAGAAGGACUUGGUUGCAUUGGUGAGGUCGUAUUUACGGACAAUUCUUGCUGGAUGAGAAGCAGAAAGUUCAGGCUAGGUGCUAGGAUUGUGCAGAGGGUUUCAGGUGAAGUGGGGAUUACUGAAGGUAGAAGUGAGGCUUUUGUUGUCAAAGAUCACCGAGGAGAAGUGUACAAGAAGCAUCAUCCCCCAGGAGCUAAAGAUGAAAUAUGGCGAUUAGAGAGGAUAUCAAAAGGCGGUGUCCUCCAUAAACGGCUAAACUCUUACCAUAUUUACACUGUCAAGGACUUUGUAAGGUUGUUUAUGGCCAACCCGACAGGCCUACGCAAGAUGCUUGGCGGAGGAAUCUCGAACAAGAUAUGGGAUAUGAUAACAGAACAUGCUUUGUCUUGUGUUUUGGAGGAAGAAGAGCUUUACACUUAUUAUGAAGCUGAACAUGGGGUUUAUCUCCUUUUCAAUUCCCUCUUUAAGUUCAUAGGAGUAUAUUUUAAUGACCAAAGCUACCAGUCUGAGGAUAAACUGAGCCCUCGUCAAAAGCUAGUGGUGGAAGAUUUGAAGCGCCGAGCCUACGGGAAUGUAAAUGCCUUGGUUAGGAUUGACAGGCGUGCAAUUGUUGGCCCUUCGGAGUCCCUGACAAAUCCACAAGAUGGUUCAGAUUUGAAGCACACUGACUGCUCAGUUAUAGACCAAGAUCAAUCAGAAACCCAACUGAAUGUUGAUCGGUCAUCAGCUUCAACAUCACACACCUAUGAAGCAGACAGUAGCCAACAAACACAACUUUCUCUUUCCCAGAAUUAUCAUCCAAUGGAUCCUUUCAUGCCAGUAUUUCGAAACAGCUUCAGAUUCGAGGAAUUCUUACCCAUACCUCAUGACAAAGACAAUGUUUGGCUGCUGGAUGGUUCAGUUGCUGCUGAUCAGGAUGUUGUUCAGCCACAUAUAUCUGCAACAUGGACCCCUUCCAUUCCAUCGUGGGAGCAGGGGGAUGAUCUUUUUUUCCCCCCUAUCAACGAAUCAGAUACCAGCUUCAUCAUCCCUCCUUUACCUACAAAUAUCGGUAUACAUGUUUCGAGGAUCAUAAGACCUCGAGCAGGGUGGUGCAAGAUUCGAGCUGCACUUGUUAUGCGGUCUGUUUGGCGAUGUGCAGCUGCCAGAAGAAUGGGUUCGGUUUCUUGUUAAAUAGACUAUUUGCCUAGUGUCGGGUAUCUCUUAAUUUAGGAGGUCAGGCUAUAACAGGGCUCUAGAUUUGUCAGUUUAGUGUUGUAAAUUGAUUUGCUUUCCCUCCGUGCGUGAGUGGCAUAAGCUCGCACAGCAUUUCGUCGAGGUUUGCUACUCGAUUCCGAGUGUUUGCGAUCAUAAGCUGCUAUCAGCUAAAUAAGUAGAGAAAAGCAGCGCAGGCUUUUGUACAUAAUAAAAAUCACUAGGUAGUAAUCGUUGGCAAUCAGGAGUAAAAAAUUUGCUCCUAGAUUGUGUACAGCUUAGUGUUGUUCAGAAAAUUCUCCGUCUUUCCCUUUAUGAGUGAGUAAAUUUUAUUGUGUUA